AUGGCCAUCCCAGGUCAACGGUUCGAAUUAGAUCUCGACGCCGAUGACUUUACCAUCAGGCCGAUCGACGAAGGAGCGUCUCAACCUCCGCCUGCUGGCUUCAGCAUCAAGGAGAUCCAAGAGCACGAUUCUGACUCGAUUCCUUCUGCCCCCUCGCUGAAACCCUCCAAAGCCGGCUUCCCAGACCACAAACCACGCCGCACCGUGUCCGCUUUCAAACAAAGACAUCAGACUGGGAAGUUGCCCACCCGUCCCUCGAUUCCUGCCACAGUCGAGCCUUCAGAUCAAGCCAUCAGACACCAUGUGGGCAAGAAAUAUGGGCUCGACAUGGACCAGCAGCAAAAGGUUGAUAUCAGUGAGGAAAACAAGAGGCGGAUAGCCGAAAUGUCAAUAGAGGAUAUCGAAGAGGCUCGCGCCGAGCUGACGCGAAAUCUCAAUCCUGCCUUCCUGGAACGUCUGCUCAAACGUGCGAAUAUUGAGGAAGAUCAAACAGGUCAGAGGCUUUGGCCUGAGGGCAACAUGGAAGGGGUAGAUGACAAUCAAGGGCCCGAGAAGGAUGUCGUCGCUGAAUUGGCUACAAACGAAGAUACUGCGCAGCCUGAAAAAUCAGCCGAUAACGCACCUCUGCCUCCCUCGACCCAUUUUCCCGUUCCUCCUCGCUCAGCAGACGACUACGUGCCCCUAGACACUGAUGGUGCUUCCUUCCUCGCCGAUCUCAAAACACACUACUUUCCAGACACUCCCCACGACCCUUCCUCAUUGAGCUGGCUCCAAGAUCCGACUGAAGAGGAGGACCAAGCAUCAUUGUACAACCCUGAAAAAGAAUCGUAUCUGGCUUCUGCCCUGAGGUUCGGAUUCAAUGGCCGCCUGAUACCGCCAAAGGAAAGCUUAGAGGUCGACGUGAAAGAAGGACUACACCAUCAUGGUGAUGCACCCAGCAGCGCCGGGUAUACCAUACCAGAACUUGCUAUGCUUGCCCGGUCCACCUUGCCUAAUCAGCGAUGCAUGGCUUAUCAAACGUUAGGUAGGAUCCUGUACAGGCUGGGAAGAGGGGAUUUUGGCGCCAGAGGCAGCGAGCUUCAGGAAGCGCUCUGGUCCGUCAUCGAGAAAGAGAGGCCGAUAGAGGCCAUGAUGAGCGAAGCAAACCGUCAGUCAGGACAUGCCAGUGCCAAAGCGCUUUCAGUCGAGGCCCUCUGGCUGUGGAGAAAAGGAGGCGGUGGCGACAGGGGAGUUUUAAAGCCGCAUCAGCGGCUAGCAAAAUGA